AUGGACCUAUUGGUGUAUGAGCAGCUGCGUUGGGAGGAAAGACUGGCGAGGUUCAACCCUUCGGUUGAGAUCAACUUUGAUACGAGUGGCGAGCCUCCUUCACCUAGUCCUGCCACCAAUGCCACCCCAGAGCCGGAGUCGGCUACCACGGAUGCCCCUUCUACUGAGUCCUGA